CAUGGCUUCCAAAGGAUUGAAGGGCAUUGCGCCUGUACCCACGGCGACAGACUUUCUUGACAUUGUCUUGUCGAAGACACAGCGGAAAACUCCUACCGUCAUACACAAAAACUUCAAAAUAAGCCGGAUACGCAACUUUUACAUGAGAAAGGUCAAAUUCACUCAGGACUCCUUCGAUGAGAAGUUAGGCGCAAUACUGUCUGAAUUUCCCAUUCUGGAUAAUCUUCACCCAUUCCUCGCCUCCUUAAUGAACGUUUUGUAUGACAAGAACCACUACAAGUUGGCUUUGGGCCAGCUCAAUACGGCGCGCCAUUUGAUAGACCAAGUGGCCAAAGAUUACGUCCGUCUGUUGAAAUUUGGAGAUAGCUUGUAUCGUUGCAAGCAGCUGAAGAAAGCUGCUCUCGGCCGCAUGGCAACAGUCAUGCGCCGACAGAAAGACGCUUUAGCGUAUCUUGAACAAGUCCGACAACACAUCGCGCGCUUACCAGCGAUCGAUCCGAAUACCCGUACUCUGCUCAUCUGUGGUUACCCAAAUGUUGGCAAAUCUUCGUUUAUCAACAAGAUUACCCGCGCCGAUGUCGACGUCCAACCAUAUGCCUUCACGACCAAGUCGCUCUUUGUUGGUCAUAUGGACUACAAAUACCUUCGUUGGCAAGUGAUAGAUACCCCCGGAAUCCUUGACCAUCCACUGGAAGAAAUGAACACCAUCGAGAUGCAGAGUGUCACCGCCCUGGCUCAUCUACGCAGUGCAGUUCUCUAUUUCAUGGACCUGAGCGAGCAAUGUGGAUACACGAUCGAGGCGCAAGUCAAACUGUUUCAUUCGAUCAAGCCGUUGUUUGCCGGAAAGCCAACCUUGCUGGUAAUCAACAAAAUUGAUGUCACCAGACUGGAAGAUUUGUCGAAAGAGAACAAGGCUCUCAUUAGCACCAUCACAGACGACCCCUCCGUGCAAGUGGUGCAGCUCUCGUGUUACUCGGACGAAGGUGUGAAUGCUGUCAAAACGGCUGCAUGUGAUGCUUUGCUUGCUCACAGGGUGGACAAUAAGCUCAAAGGCAGUAAAAUAAACAACAUCGCCAAUCGCAUUCAUGUAGCGGUACCCAAAGCAAGAGACGACGUCGUCCGGGAAGCGUUCAUUCCAGACGGAGCAAACGCCCGGGUACGGUAUGACAAGGAUGAUCCCAUGCGUCGCAAGCUAGAACGGGAUAUCGAAGCGGAAGAGGGCGGAGCAGGCGUCUAUAACAUCAAUCUCAAAAAGAAUUAUCUUCUAGCUGAUGACGAUUGGAAGCAAGAUAUCAUACCGGAAAUUAUGGAUGGCAAAAAUGUGGCCGACUUCAUCGAUCCCGAUAUUGUCGAAAAGCUGGAAGCGGUUGAACGCGAAGAGGAAAAACUAGAAGCGGAUGGCUUUUAUGAGAGUGAACCAGAGAGCAUGUUCAAUUCUGAGGAUGAAAGAGAAGCACUGGAGACUGCCAAGAGCUCGCGUGACAAAAAAAUGUCACAAGACAAGAACAAGAUGAAGAAUCGUCCCGUCAUGCCUCGCACUGCUGGCUUACGCACGCUCUCAGAGAUGAGCCGCAAGCUUACAGAAGCUGGUCUUGAUCCAAGCCGCAUUGAGGCACGCGCAGAAGCAAUCGCUAAGACAAGAAGUCUUCAACGCAAACGGAAGAGAGAGGAGGAGGAGGCCCAAAUGGAGAUUGAGGAUGAUGCUGACUGGGAGGAAGAUGCCAUGGAUGUUGACGAAGAUAUAUCCCGCAAGCGGGUCAAGUCCAACACCGGGAAAGCCAGAGAUGUCGGGACCGGCAACCAUGCUCCCAAAACUCAUAGACAGUUGGCUGGCAUGGCCAACGAGCAAACAAGUAAGGCUGUCAGGCUACGCAAUCUCGGGCAACGGCAGCGGAAUAUGCACGCCAAAGCUGGCGAAUCCGAUCGUGCUAUUAGGGUCAAAAUGCCGAAACACUUGUAUUCGGGGAAGCGGAAGGCGGGAAAGACCGAUUGGCGAUAG